UAGAAAUUGUAGCAACAUUGGAUUGGAUUGAUUCCCAAUUGGUCCGUCGUGUUAGUUGCUAAAGAAGCCAAAGUUAUUUCAAGCAAGUAAACUUCAAAUGAGUAAGCAGUAGCCUGCAUGCAUUGACAGGAGUCGAUUACAAACUCAAAUGGCGAAUCAAAGUUCGACAACACACAUGCUAGCAAUGCUCACACUUUCAGUCUUGGCAGUUGGGUGCAGCGGCCAGUUCGUGCGCGAUACCUUCUCGCGCACACUCCUCGCGUGCGGUCUUAAGGGCUCAAAACUCAUCACCCACGUCAUCGGCACCCACACCUUGAAGUCAAAACUAGAGUGUUCAAGGCUGUGUCUGGAGGAUGCAAAGUGUACCUCCCUAAAUUGGAAGACGAGUGGCGGUCUGUGCGAGCUGAAUUCGUCAGACAAGACUACAGAUGCAGCCAGUCUUGUCUUGAACAGUGACUUCUUCUACUGGGCACCAGACAAUUGUCCGGGUUACACGAUUCCUACCACCACCACAACAACAGUACCAACAACAACUGCCUACCAAUGUUUACCACCGGACAAGACUGUGUCGGACAGAUGUGUAUCAGUCGAUAUAAACCCGAAAACUUGGGCCAAUGCCGACACCUCCUGUAAGACAAAGGCCCCGGUCGGAUCAUGGUCCCUCUUGACGUUCGAGCAUGGGAAAACCUUCUUUGAUCAGGUCAUAUCUCAACUCUUCACUGCAGCAAACGAAGACAAAGACUACUGGAUUGGGUUGCAUGAAGAUGGAGGUACAUGGAAAUGGACUGAUCCAGCCAGUACUCCACUCGGAACGCCGGAGAAAGAGAUGUGGUACAUGGCGCAAACAGGAUCUACACCAGGUAUAACUUGUGCUACUUUGGCCUACAAGUUUGGUACAUACAAAUUAAACGGAUUCAAACGGAACGGUCAAUGCACUACCGCCAAGCCUCUCAUUUGUCAGAAGUAUACAUAAGCAUGACUGAGAGCUUGGGUAUGAACAAUUAGACCUACAUAUAUGACGUGUGGGAACGAACUUGAUUUUUGGGCGGCCUGACGAUGGAGGCAUACGGAAAUGGACUAUUCUGGCCAACACUUCACUCGGAACGGUUGACGCAGUUCUUUGGCAGACUCUUAGAAAGAAAGGUUUUGUAGAAAAAUAUUGGACAAAACAUUUCACAAAUGUGCACCCCGUUGUGGUUUUCUGCAGAACCACAAAAACAGGAAGGCCUUUUCAUUUAUUCUACAAAAUCUAGAAGGGCGGCAUACAUGUAUUAGUGUUGGCCGAAAAACCACUAAAGGUUUUCAAAAGCCCGAAAACCUUUAGUUGUCAACAGUUUACAUGGGAGACUAAUCAAGGUCGACAGCAGGCGAAACGUGCAAGUUUUGCCUACACUAACUGCACCUCGGUGGGUUUAAAAAAUUGAACUAAAAAACUCUCGAAAAGAACCUACACAGCGUUGUAGUCAGUGCUACAAGAUCAAGCUAGUGAGAAAAAAAUCUAAAAGAUCCUUUGGGAAGUGUGUGAAGAGUUUUUGUGUAUCCUAUACAUUUCUCUGUGCAUCAGUGUAUUGUUAAUAAGGGCUUCUAAUUAACUCUCAAUCUCGCUAUUUUGGCUAUUAGCCUAUAGAUCUAGCAAGUUUUCUUGUAUGUUUUCAUAUAAGUUUGGGCUACUGUAACUACACUAUAAACCCAAAAAAUAAA